AUGGAUCCCAUCACGUAUAUCUUUGAGAAACCCACUCUCACUAGAAGAAUUGCUCGUUGGCAGAUGCUGUUGUCUGAGUACGACGUUCAAUACGUUACUCAAAAGGCAAUAAAAGAGAGUGCAUUAUCAGAAUAUCUAUCGCAUCAACCAAUGGUAGACUACCAACCCAUGCGGUUUGAGUUUCUACAUGAAGACAUCAUGUUCCUAGUUGCUGAGAAGUUCAUAGGUGACAAUGAAAGGCUCAAACUUGGAUCUCAAUGGAAGUUCACGUUCGGUGGUUACUCAAAUGCCAUGGGGCAUGGAAUUGGAGUUCUCUUAAUCUCUCCAAGAGACAGUUAUACUCCCUUCACAACGAGGUUGUAUUUCGAAUGCACAAACAAUAUGGGAGAAUACAAAGCAUACAUCAUGGGUAUUGAAGCUCCCAUUGACAUAAGGAUCAAGAUCUUAGAUGUGUAG